CUAGCUAGAGCUAAAAUAAGUAGGCUAGAUAACAAAAUACGUCUCUACUCCCGACCUUUGUGACUGAAACUGCUUUGUAAAAGUGAUAACUGCUUCGCUCUGACUCCGUCUUCUACCCAUUUGAGUGAUCAACCCAACUAAAAUGUCGAAACGUAAGAAAAUGAGCAGAGCUGUUAUCAAUUCUGAUAGUUCAGCAUCGGAAAAUGAAUCGGAUCUGGAAGAGGAACUGUUAACUUUAGCCAAAAGGAAAAAGAUAGAUCCAGAGUCAGCCAAGGAAUCAACAUCCCAAAAGAGUAACUCUGAGUCUGAGACAUCAGAGAGUGAUGAUGAUUGGACAUUGGGUGGCAACAAAAAGAAGUCUAGGAUUAAGAAGAACCCCAAGAAGAAAGUUGCUCGUUCAGCAUCUGAUGGAUCGGGGGUCAUCAGUGACUCGGACAAGUCUUCACUUGAAGAAGGAGAAGUCUCUGAUUCUGAGAGCGAUGAUUCUGAUUCCGGUUCAGACGAUGAGAAGUUCUUUGAUGGCUAUGAUGAGAACUUCAUCGGGGAUGAGGAGGACAAAGAAAUGCUGGAGAAGAUGACAGAAAAGGAGAGAGAACAGGUCAUCUACAACAGAUCUGAGAAGAGAGAUGCUCUAAGAACAAGGUAUGAAAUAGAAAGGAAGCUGAAGAAAGAGAAGAAAGAGCGCAAGAAGCAAAAACGUGAGGAAAUGAUGAAACAAGCUGCCAAUACUCCGUCUUCUGCUGCUUCUGCUGCUGCUGCUACACCAACCCCCAACAGCACUGUUAACGUCUACAGUAGCGCCAGAGAAAACCGUAGCAAGGAAAGGAGGCAGACCAUUGAAACCAAGUAUGACAAGAAGGCAAGAGCUAUAGAGGAUCUCAAAGCCCUCAGGGAAAAGAAAAAGAAGUCGGUUGAGAAUGCACCAUCAAGGAAGGAGCUUCUGAAAGCCAGUGAUGUAUACACAGAUGAUGAAGAUUCGGAUGGCGAUGAUGACGAUGAUGAUGAUGCGGAGAGGAAUGAGGACCCGAGAUCUUCCGGUGAGAGUGAUGCAUCUUCAGAAGCUUCCGACUCCGACAGGGAUAGUGAUGACGAGGAACAGAUGACAAUAUUUGUUUCUACUAAAGAAGAGCUGAACAGGAUCAGACUUUCAAGAAAUAAAAUAGAAAAGUGGGUUCAUAUGCCCUUCUUCCCCAGAACUACAAUCGGCUGCUUUGUACGUAUUGGUAUUGGGCAGAAUAAUGGCAGGCCUGUCUAUAGAGUGGCAGAAAUCAUUGAUGUAGUAGAAACUGCCAAGAUCUACCCCCUUGGAGCCACGCGCACAAACAAAGGUCUCAAACUUAAAUAUGCUUCACAAGAACGUGUCUUCAGACUGGAGUUUGUUUCCAACCAGGAUUUCUCAGAGACAGAGUUCAAGAGAUGGCAUGAAGAUAUGAUCAAUGGAGACUACGACCUGCCCACCAUCAACGAUGUUGAACACAAAGAGGCAAUCAUCAAGAGAGCACUCGACUACAAGUACAAAGAAGAAGACAUUGAGAAGAUCGUGCAUGAGAAAGAAAGGUUCAGGAAAAACCCUAGGAACUAUGCAAUGACGAAGACAAAGCUGAGGAAAUCAAGGGACCUAGCAUUGAUGGAAGGAAAUGAAGAGACAGCGAAAGGGUUAUCUCAGAAGCUUACUGACCUUGAAGAAAGAGCACAGGAACUAGAUAGGAUCAGAAACCGAGAGGUCAACGCCAUCACGUAUAUCAAUCAGAGGAACAGAAACAGGAAUAUUGCAGAGUCUGAGGUGGCCAUGAAAGAAGAGAUCAAAGAGAUUGAGAAUGCCCCACCAGAUCCCUUCACACGCAGGCAUUGUAGGCCGCAACUAGUGACCAAGGCUCGUGAAGAUACGGCAGAUAUUCUCAAGAGAUUGGAAGAAGAAAGGUUAAUGCAGCAAAAGGUCGAAAAGGACAAGAAACAAGAAGAAGAAUUAAAGAAAAAAAUGGACGAAGAUAUCAUUGCCUCCCUGACCCAGGAAGCAGUCCCAGCAAAGGUCACAGAUAGGAAAGUCUCUGAGGAUCUCUUCCAGGCCCAUGACUUUGACAUUAAAAUCGACCUUGAUGUUUCCAUACCAGAUUCCCGUCCCAUGUCCGCUAUCAACGAGGAGAGAGAGCCUGUGGGUGCUCCCCGAAGAUCCCUCAACCUGGACGAAUACAAGAAGAUGAGAGGGCUCAUCUAGCUAGGCGCACUGUGCCUGCCCUCCAGACAUCCAGCUAGGAUUCAGGGACCUAUCUAUGCUCCACAACAAGGACAAGGUGGAUACUGUAUCAUGUGAUGAGCUUGCUUUCCAUGCAGCUAUCCUGGAGAGAUAAUAAGACUCUUCCAAUCAUGUGGUGCAUCUAAAAAGGAGGCUUCUUAGCAACGAAUUGUUAACUGUUGAUGUAAAAUGAGAGACAUAUCGUCUUGCAGCAUCCCAAGGGUCCCAAGGGUGAAUCCGGAGGAUCAAAGCGACUGCGCGGGUUGAAAAGCAUGCACCGAGAUAUCAAUCCCCCUUGUCGGUACUCUUGGGGGAGAUAUUGCCCUUGGUAUAUUGGAAAUGACUACCCCCAUACUCGGGACUUCACACCAAGAGUGUUGUGCUGUGGUGAGAAUUCUUCUGGAGAGACAUGAUGGUAAUGCCAUGGUUAUGAUGAAGAAAGCUUGCAAAGCCCUCCUGCAUCCUUGCAGGUUGUUCCGUGUAUACAACUUAUUUAGACAGAGUGAAGCAGCUAGACUUUACAAAUCCUUGAGCCAGGAAUUCAUCAAGGAGAUGGGGCCAGUUUCUCGAAACCGUCAUAAGUCUAAGUUCAUGGACAUGCCAUAGACGUUAAUUCUAUAACGCACGUUUCAAUUGGAUGCCUAAGAAGUUCGACUUAUGACGGUUUCGAGAAAUGGUCCCCAGGCUUCCCUUCAGACUCAUCGUGUGGCAUCUGUACGAACAGUAGCUCUAAGAAGCUGUUUACCAAUAACUCUGUAUGCUUUGUGUGAAGAUUUUAAUUGAGACAUUACCAGGGUUUCAUUUCAAGUCAAUUUUAAGCAUGUUUGAUCAAUUUGGAUGUAUUCUUUUGCACCUUUUCGUUGCCAGAAUAAGGCUCCAAUAUCAUUUUUACAGGAAAGGUUUGUAUGAAUAAUUCUGAAUAGCUAUCCAUUUUCACCCAUUGUAAUUAACAAUUUAUUUUUCGUGUGUGCAAAUUAUUUUGUUCAUUUGAAUUUGCAUUGUCAGUUACUGACUGUUGAUGAAGAGGUUUGUUGUUACUGUUUAUAUAUGUGGUGCAAAUCUUCUUCAGUUUCAAGAAGGUAAUGGCUUUAUACAAACAUUACAACCUUGUAAUGUGUGAUUGAUUCCUAGGAAUGUCCUAGGCACAUGCCUUAAAACAAUUAUGAUGGGUGUUCCCCCUUGGCCAUACAUGUCUAUGUGACAACUCCUUAUAGAUUACUCGUCUUCAUCCACAUAUAACUGGAGAAAAAAGGGACAUCCUGACAUUUCCAAAUCUAUUGUUUUAUUCAUUUAAGAUCAGUUAUUAAUUUAUGGGUGACAUUAAACACAAUGCUUACGAACGUUGCAAAUUUGGAUAGCCCCUUAAAUGACCAUUGAUCAAUACCAAAUUAUGAUAUGUUGCUAGGAAAAACAUUGGUUAUCCUACCUAGCAACACAUUCUGAUUAAUAAAAUAUGCAGUAAAUUUGGUUUCUUCACAAUCCCUUUAAGGCCCAAGUGCUCAGUGACGUGUCAAUAAUAUUGAGGGGUCAUUAUAAUAUGUGUGGUAUACCCUGUAAAUGUCUACUAGAGUGUACAACUGUACAUACAUUUGUAGGAAUAAACCCACUGUUUUUAUACAAAUA